UAAAAAAGGGAUGUAUUUAACCAGCUAGCCAUUAGUGCCAGUUUUUCUACUGAAGUAACUGGAGUUUAAAGCUAGUUUUCCCGCUGUUUUGUACAAUUCAAAUGUAAAAUAUCUUGUCUGGCGUUUUUCUGGCAACUUAACAGCAGAGAGAAGUGGUGCCUAUCUGAGCUGUGAUCUGUCAAAAAGGCACCAGUCAAGGUCACACCUGGCUCGGCCCUGAAGAUGGGAGAUCAUGUCCACUGCAUGUCCUGCAUGAACCAGAGAUGUAUGGUCAGACCUGAACCUGGAAUCUCUUGUGACCUUAUGACCUGCCCGCAGGUGUGUGGCGCUGUGUUUCACGCCUGUAAAGUAGUUGAGCACAAACAUCUGUGUCCGUUGAUGAAGGUCCCAUGCCUUAACAGGGGCUAUGGCUGCCCAGCCACCCUGACUCGCAACCAGAUGUACGCACAUUUGGAAGUGUGCCCAGCCGGAGUUGUGUGUUGUACAAUGGAGUGGAACCGAUGGCCCGUUAGCUGCUUGGACUACACUUCUUAUGAGAGCCUGAGCCGUGGGGUGGAAGAUGUGGAGCAGCUGGACAUGAUGCUUGCCCUGCAGGAUCAGCAAACCCUUCUCGAGUCUCUGAAGGUGAUUGCCAUGGCCCCCUCUGACCAAGGAGAGCCGCAGGUCUCCCUCAAUAAGGACAACACAGCCAAACAAUCGGACUUGCAAGCGUCAGCUCUUGAGGCCUCUUUUCCUGGGCCACCUUCACAUGAGUCAGUACCACCUCCAGCUCGCACUGCAAAAGAGAAAAUCGCCAGCGGAAUUAACGGUUUAAGCGAGGAUCACCUCAGUAAACUCUAUGAGGCAACAAUUGAGACGGCGAGAAGUUUAGCUGCAGCUUUGGACUUUGUCAGCAAUGCCAGCUGUGGUGAAAGAAGCCCAGAGGGGGUAAACAAAGAAGGUGCUGUGUUGAAGAGUGGACCGAGUAGCAGUGCAGACCUUCAGAACCAAAUGAGCGACACAGUGUUAAAAACAGUCCGGGAUUUGCACGAAAAAGACAUUAAACUACAAAGUUUUUGCUCAAGCUGUUUGAGUGAAAAUGGUGCUCUACCAGGGACGGAUGUCGUCAAUCAAAGCACUGCCAAUGGACCGUUGUUGGGGGCAACAGAAGCUUGUCCUGACGAAGUACAAAGUAGGGAUGCUGGUGACCCUCAGGGGCUUGAAGAGCCUCAGUUGAUGCCUCCUCUUCAUGUAAGUCAGGGUGCAUCACAGAGGGCUGGUCAUGCGAUCCAGGAGGGGAGGGGGGCUGGUUUUUUAGAAAGUGUUGGGUCUGAGAGGACCCUCCAUAGCAAGCAGCAUUUUAGGGGCCAUGGUCAGUUUCUAUUACCCAAUGGAAGGAUGGUUUUCACUCAGGACAGAUCACUUUAUAGAUCACGAGCCACAAUGGAAGACAAAGGAGUGGAUACCUCAGAUCUGGAGCAGGAUGAAGACCCCAUGGGUCUGGGGGAGAUUGAUCUGAUCACAGCAGCUCUGCUCUUCUGUUUGGAAGAAUCCAGAGAGUGCCGAAGAAUCUCAGACACGGUCUAUGUUGAUGGUUACCGAGUUGACUUCGGCACACAGACUUUUACUUUUCCGGCGGCGAUCUUGGUGACCAAUACCAGAGUUGGAGACAUGGCGUCUGCGUCCGCCUGCGACCACGCCGCCCCACAGAUCACCUACCCCAGCCCCUUCCGCACUCUCCGCCUCGGCCUGGUCCUGGAGGCUCUGAAGGUUGAGGCUGUCCCACAUAACCAUUACCUCCCCUCCAACCCGCGCUACCAGCAGAUGUUUCCCUUUGUCUGUGGUCAGUCCUUCCGCAGGGACCAGUUUUCCUCCCAUUUCAGGAAUGUCCACGGUGACAUCCAUGCGGGCCUCAACGGCUGGAUGGAGCAUCGCUGCCCACUGGCGUACUACGGCUGCACCUUUUCACAGCGGAGGUUUUACCCCUCCCGCCAGGGUGCCAAGGUGGUUCACGACCGCCAGCUGAAGGCCUUUGGGGUCCAACCUCACGUGAACAUUCAACUUUCCAGUGACUUGCAGACAGACCAGUUGAGCAGGUUGCCUAUUGAGAUACUUUGGCACAUAGCCGGGUUCCUGGACAGUUUCAGUUUGUGUCAGCUGUCACUGGUGUCCCGGACGAUGAGGGAGGUGUGUGCCAGCCUCCUCCAAAGCAGGGGCAUAGUGGAGCUGCAGUGGGAGCAAAGGCAAUGUCCUGGGGGCCACGGCACAGUCUCAUGGCAAAUAAAACACAAGGUGUGGAGAUUCAGCACCGCCUUCAGCCCUGUGUCAUCAUGGGGUUUCACGGAUCUCCCCAGCAUGUCCAUUCAUCUUAAGAAGUGCCACUUCAACCUAGUUGAACAGAAGACCGAGCCUGUCCCCCUCCCUGCCAUGUGCCCCGCCCGCGAUGGACACUCGCUGCGUCGAGUCCUGCGCCACGUCAACACCUGACCUCUCUCCACCGCAUGAGACUCACUGCGGAUGGACGAUGCAAUUCAAUCUUUUGUUUUAGAAAAAUAAAUCCAGACCUUUACACUCGAUCACGAUGAAGCCUUAUUGAAAUGACGCUAAACUUGCCAGGACGGUUGUGAAUGUUUGCAGUUUGUUAAAAAAAAUGUGCUCAGUGUUUGUGCUGAAAAUGCACCUUCUGGUGAGAUCAAAUAUAUCUUGUUGAAUAUGCACUAUAGAUUUAUAUAUCCAUGUAUUUUAAACGUCAUCACGGUUUUCACUUUGCAGUCGUAUCCAUGGGAACAAGCAGCUCAUUGGUAAAGCAGCAAUGUUUAUUUGUACCUGAAGUUAUACCAGCACUUUAAAAGAAAUUGCUCAUCUAUCAGUUGAUAAGUGAACCUGAUCUUCAGUGUUCGAUUCCUGUAAGGGGCUCACUCCAUUGUGAAGCUGUUGCCUAGUUUUUUUUUUCCCCCCUUUCUUUUUUAUUUAGAACAGUCACUGUUUGUUCAAUGAUUCAUAUGAUUUUCUACCCAUUAAUAAAGUCUGUACUAACUUUG